AUGAGAGCAUUGUUUUUUCCAGCUCUUCUACCUUUACUCGGACUUAUUGUUUACACUGUGCUCGGUGCCUUAUUGUUUAGCGAGUUAGAGGGUCCUAACGAGCAAUACGAAUUGGAACUCCUCAAAAAACAGAGGGAAGAACUGUUUGAGGUAAAUCCAGAAGAGACUCGAUGGAAUUUUUGGGGAGCAAUUUUCUACUGUAUGACAGUUUAUACAACAAUCGGUUACGGUAAUAUUGUACCUGUAACAACAGCCGGUCGAGUGCUAACAAUUCUCUACGCUUUUAUUGGGAUCCCAAUCGCUGUUCUUACACUUUUUGCUCUUGGUGCUAUGUUUGCUAGAUUAUGUAAGGUGGUCUGGAAAACUUUAAUAAAAUCCACGAAAGUUGUUAGCAAAGAUUUGGAACAGAAGGUAAGCGCAGCUGUCGGUUUUGGUGAUGAAGCAAAACCACAAAUGGAUCAAUCAUCCUCAAACCUCGGUGAUGAGGAUCUUUUAUCGUUUCCUAUUUCAUUCCUCAUAUUUCUUACAAUUCUUUGGGUUGGGCGACGACCUGUGGUGAACGCUAAGCUCGCCGUGGCAUGGCUGCUUAGUUUGGGGAAAAGUCUUUUUGCCACUCCAGCAUAUUCACUGCCUCAGUACCCUGCACACUGGGCCCUGCCGUCUCAGACGUCGGACGGUAUGGCGACCGGUGAGAGGCGAUCAAAUCUCAGGUUGCUCAGGACGUCAUUGAUUCUGGACCAAGGCGACACACGCACGACUCGCCAUGGAGACUGUCUCAGACUGUGUACUUACAACGCGAGAACAGUUUCCACAGACGCCGACCUGCAUGCCCUUCUCGGAGCUGCAGAGCGUAUCAAAUUUCACGUGAUUGCUCUGCAGGAGACCAAGUGCAGAAGGAGCGACGUACGACAGAUGCAUGACGGUACACUCGUCAUUCGUGGAGAGAAGGUUCCGUCGCGAAAUGUAUGCGGUGUUGGUUUCGUUGUGCACCCAUCUGUCGUCCAUCUCGUCGAUUCUCACGAGAUCCUGUCACCUCGUCUGGCCAUUCUUCGCCUCCGCCUCCCCUCUGCGCAAAAAUCCAUCAGUAUCAUCAACUGCUAUUCACCAACAUCACCAGCUGAUGAUUCCGAAUUGGACGCGUUUUACGAGGAGCUGGAGGAAGUAGUCCACAACGAGAAGUCCUUUUACAAAUUCGUUGUCGGAGACUUCAACGCAAAACUAGGAAAGGCCACAGAAGAGGAAUACAGGACUGGAAGAUUUGGACUAGGGGACCGGAAUGAAAAUGGCAAUCGUCUCGCAGGGCUGUUGUCCGCCGCUCGCCUCUUUCAUGGGAACUCUCUUUUCAUGAAAAAAGAUCAUCGUCGGUGGACAUGGGAAUCGCCCAAUAGCGCGACUCGUGCGGAGAUCGACCACAUACUCACCAACCGGAGGUGGUGUCUACUUGACGUCUCAGUAGUACCAUCCUUUUGUAGUGAUUCUGAUCACCGUCUCCUUCGUGCGAAAAUACGGCUUAGCCACUCGAUGGAAAAGAACAUCUGCUAUCGGCAACGAAGGAGAAAAGAAGUCGUCUACGACGAUUGCGUACUCGAGGACUCCCUGUCCCAAAGUGACUGGCACAUCGAGGAGGACCCAAACGUGGACUACGAGAUGCUACUCAGAGGAUUACGAGCCUGUGCUGAACGUGCCUCGAAGUCGCGCACGACAAACUUGGAUCGAAUUUCGAAGACGACCAAGGAAUUGUUAGGAAGAAGAAGGGCUUUGAGGCUUGAUCCGAAUGCAUCGCACAUUGAGCGGUUAGUAGCAAACACUAGCUGCAGAAAAGCGUUGCAGGAGGAUCUUUUGAAGUACAGGCAGAAGAAGAUUCUAGAAGCAGCACAAAGAAGAACGAGUCUAAAGAAGUGCCGCAGGGAUCUCCGCGAAUAUAAUAUUCCGCUAGCAACCUUGCUGAGCGAAGACGGGACUCGCACGUCUUCUCGUCGUGAGAUGGAAAUCAUUACGGAGAGGUUUUACUCGAACCUUUUCCGUUCAUCAACUCCUGUGUCAAGCCCAAUCAUCCCCACUGGCUCCACCACGGAUUCUCCCUUCGGAAGUACGAGUCGCUAUCAAGAGCAUGAAACCUGGCACAGCCCCCGGACCUGA